AUGGGAGAAAAGAAUUCGGCUACAGGCACCAGGCCUGGCCUGGCAGCCCUCUCUCUCCCGGCUCAUUGCCUCAAGGCAGAAGCAGUCACUCAGGAGCUAACCACCAAUGCGGAUGACGGCCUUACCACCCAGGAGGCAAAAACCCGUCUCACUAUAUAUGGCCAGAACAAGCUCGACGAAGGUGAAGGCGUUUCGGUCGUCAAGAUCCUUGUCCGUCAAGUUGCCAAUGCCAUGAUGCUAGUUAAGCGGCCCAUUACUCUACCCCCCCCCCUUCUUUAUGGGAACUUUGUCAGUCUGAUCCAGUUGUUGGAGGAUGGGCGAACUAUAGUUGUUCCCUCCGUUGACAUUGUUCCCGGUGAUAUGGUCGAAUUGAAGACCGGUGACACUGUUCCCGCUGAUCUUCGGCUUGUUGAGGCGGUAAACUUUGAGACUGACGAGGCUCUGCUUACCGGAGAAUCGCUCCCUGUCCAGAAAGACUGUGAUGCUGUUUUCAAGGAGGACGUUGGCCCAGGAGAUAGGUUGAACAUCGCGUAUAGUUCAUCUACCGUCACUCGUGGCCGUGCCCGCGGAGUCGUCAUUGCCACCGGCAUGGCCACCGAGAUUGGCUCUAUUGCCGCCGCUCUCAGGGCUUCCGACAGCAAACGCAGGCCGGUGAAGCGCGGGCCCAGCGGCGAGACGAAGAAACGAUGGUACGUUCAAGCAUGGGCUCUGACCGGCACUGAUGCGGUCGGAAGGUUCCUCGGGGUCAAUGUUGGAACUCCGCUUCAACGAAAGCUCUCCAAGCUGGCGCUUAUUCUGUUCGGGGUAGCAGUCCUGUUUGCCAUCGUCGUCAUGAGCGCGAAUAAAUGGAGCAGCAACAACGAGGUCAUCAUAUACGCCGUUGCCACGGGCCUUAGUAUGAUACCGGCCUGCCUGGUGGUCGUCUUGACGAUCACCAUGGCGGUGGGCACGAAGAGGAUGGUGGAGAGACACGUUAUCGUUCGAAAGCUGGAUUCUCUGGAAGCCCUCGGCGCCGUCACGAACAUCUGCUCCGACAAGACGGGAACGCUCACGCAGGGCAAGAUGGUGGCGAAGAAGGCCUGGAUCCCAUCGAUAGGGACGUACUCGGUGGGCACUUCCAACGAGCCUUUCAACCCCGAGGUAGGGGAGAUCAGCCUCGACGCGCUUCCGCCGGCCAAGAUGGACGGGGAAAAGACUUCAGAGCCCGUCCACCCGGACGAGCUGCUGGAGGGGAAGGCCCAUCUCGAAGAGUUCCUGAACGUCGCAGCCAUGGCCAACCUGGCGCACGUCUACCGAUCCGAAAGCCAGGGGAACGAAUGGCAUGCGCGGGGCGAGCCCACCGAGAUCGCGAUCCAGGUCUUUGCGUCGAGAUUCAACUGGAACAGGGACCGGUGGGUGAAAGGCGAGGGGGCGAUAUGGCACCAGCGGGCCGAGUUCCCGUUCGACUCCGACGUGAAGAAGAUGUCGGUUAUCUUCCGCAAGCUGACCGAGUCGGAGGACAGGGAGAUGGUCUUCACCAAGGGCGCGGUCGAGCGCAUCGUCGACGCGUGCACGACCGUGGUGAUGGACGCGGGCGAGGGAGCGGUCCCCAUGACCGACGCCGUCCGCGACGAGAUCCUGGAGAACAUGGAGGCGCUGGCCAGGCUGGGUCUCCGCGUGCUUGCGCUCGCCAGCCGGCCGUACACGCCCGCCGCCCACGCGGCGGAGGGCGUCGACAUCCGCCGCGAAGACGUCGAGAGGGAGCUGCAGUUCCGCGGGCUGAUCGGCCUCUACGACCCGCCCCGCCCGGAGACGGCGGGCGCCAUCGAAGAGUGCUACAAGGCCGGCAUCUCGGUCCACAUGGUGACGGGCGACCACCCGGGAACGGCCCGAGCGAUCGCGGCGCAGGUCGGGAUCAUCCCCGCGGACCCGGGCAUGGUGGCCCGCGACGUGGCGGAGGCGAUGGUGAUGACGGCCGGCCAGUUCGACCGGCUGUCCGACGAGGAGAUCGACCGCCUCCCGACGCUGCCGCUGGUGAUCGCGCGGUGCGCGCCGCACACCAAGGUCCGCAUGAUCGAGGCGCUCCACCGACGGGGCAGGUUCGCGGCCAUGACGGGCGACGGGGUGAACGACUCGCCGUCGCUGAAGCGCGCGGACGUGGGCAUCGCGAUGGGCCAGAGCGGCUCCGACGUGGCCAAGGACGCGUCGGACAUCGUCCUGACGGACGACAACUUCGCGUCCAUCCUCAACGCGGUCGAGGAGGGCCGGCGCAUCUUCGACAACAUCCAGAAGUUUGUGCUGCACCUGCUGGCGGAGAACAUCGCGCAGGCGUGCACCCUGCUGAUCGGCCUCGCGUUCAAGGACAACGACCGCCAGUCCGUCUUCCCGCUGGCGCCGGUCGAGAUCCUGUGGAUCAUCAUGAUCACGUCCGGCAUGCCCGACAUGGGCCUUGGGAUGGAGGCGGCCGCCCCGGACAUCAUGGACCGGCCGCCCCAGAGCAAACAGGGGAUCUUCACCUGGGAGGUCAUCGUGGACAUCCUGGCGUACGGCCUCUGGAUGUCCGCGCUCUGCCUGUCCGCGUUCUCGCUGGUGAUGUUCGGGUUCGGCGACGGCGACCUGGGCACGCACUGCAACCGCGACUACACGCCGGCGUGCGACACCGUCUUCCGGGCGCGCGCGACGACGUUCGUCUGCCUGACGUGGUUUGCGCUCUUCCUGGCGUGGGAGAUGGUCAGCCUGCGCCGCAGCUUCUUCCGCAUGCAGCCUGGCUCGACGCGGUACCUGACGCAGUGGAUGCACGACGUCUGGCGCAACCGGUUCCUCUUCUGGGCCGUCAUCGCGGGCUUCGUCACCGUCUUCCCGCUGCUCUACGUCCCCGUCAUCAACCACCGGGUCUUCCGCCACACCGGCAUCUCCUGGGAAUGGGGCAUCGUCUUCGUCGAGUCCGCCCUCUUCUUCCUCGGCGUCGAGGCCUGGAAAUGGGCGAAGCGAGUCUUCUUCCGCCACGCCGCAUCGAGGCUGGCCGAGCCUUGA